CGAGCGGACAACACGCGCCCAGCCUCCGACGCCGACAGACGUUGACUCACGCGCCGGCCGCCGGUAAUACCGCUGACGCGACCGCGGCGACGCGCGACGGGGACUUACACCGACGACGCACACCUGUUUACUAUACACAAACCCGCGGCCGAUUGACGCAACGCGGGAAACAUCUCGCAUAAUUGAACUCUCGGCUGAUGUUGACACAAACUUGCGAUACAACCUAGUCCCUACUUCUGCGAACUUCGACCGGAACUCUUAGGCCGAAUGCCGAGAAUUUGGACAACCUCCCAAAACCUCUGGAGGCUCGUGACUCAUCUAAAAUGACGAAAGUUAAGUUGAAGCAGAAAUCUUCAAGGUCUCUAAUAACUUUAAAGUAGUGCGUUAAAUAACGGCGGACUGAGGAAAAAAACGAUUGUGACGCACAUAAGGACAUUGAAAUAAGUGCGAAUUUAAAAAUAGUGUAAAUAAGUUAACUAUAUUGCAUACACUAAGUUCCAGAUAAUCAGUAUUGAUAAUAACUGAGUAAGGAGAGCACGCAGAACGUGCUAUAUUGAAGACUGAAUCAAGAAGUAACUAAGCAUAUGAAUACAUCCAAAGAUCACCUAAUCACUAGAAGACUAGCGUCAAAUUGAAUACUCAUACAUAUUAAACCGACCCACGAGAGGUGAUUGAUAUUGUCAAACAAAACAAUAAAAUAAGGUGUCGCUGGAACUUUGCCAACUAUUACUUACUAACUUCAAGGAUAAUAAAUAAAUUACUCAUACAUACAUAAAGUGGAAAUCCCGAGUUGGAGAAAGUUUAAUAAAGUUUCGUUGCCAGCCUACCACCGACGUCUUUACCAAACUGUUACAGCGAUAGUGACCUUGGGCUAGUUUGAGUGAGAAUAUUUGUUGGUUUGACGUCCAUCGCUGGUUGGGAGUGCGGGUGGGUGUCGGUGGGUGUGUGGCAGCAGCGAGGGGUGUGAUGCGGUGAAGGAUGCACCUGCCGUACGAGUCGCGCGGCCGACGGCGGCGAGACAUGGCCGAGCUGGAGCCCUGGUGGCUGCAGACCAUCAUCGAGGAGACGCUGGUCGACCACCCCGACCUUGUGCGAACCGGCAGUCCAGACUACAUGUGUACGAUGCUUCCCAACCACUGGCGGUCAAACAAGACGCUACCCACUGGGUUCAAGGUGGUGGCCCUGGGCGACGUGGUGGACGGCACGAGGGUCACCAUCCGCGCUGGUAACGACGAGAACUGCUGCGCCGAGCUGAGGAAUAACGUCGCGCAUAUGAAGAGCAGGGUCGCCAAGUUCAAUGACCUGAGGUUCGUUGGGAGGAGCGGGAGAGGGAAGAGCUUCUCGCUGACGAUAAUGAUAGAGACGUCGCCACCGCAGGUGGCCACGUACCAGAAGGCCAUCAAGGUCACGGUGGACGGACCACGGGAGCCAAGAUCCAAGACUAGUACGAACGCGUCUGCCCACCCCAUCCGAAGCAUCUCCUUCCAGCGGUCAUUCCUGGACCCCUCACUGGCGCUCCGGGACUCCAUGGAGUACAAGGGAGGCGCGCGGACCAUACGCUCCUUGUCACACGAGGAUAGAGAGUACAAGACUAACGCCAAUCUGCCUGCUGCAGAGUCGAGCAGCGGCAACAUCCUGGGAGCGAGCGAGUGGAACACCGGCUACCCGUCUGCGUCCGUCUACGGACCCGCCUACGGACCCCUGCAGCCGCCCUACUACAAGCCUGACUCCACGCUGCACAUACCUGCCGUUCUCCCAGACAUCCCGCUCGGGCACUCGGAGUACAGCGGCUUCCAGUCGAGCUCGGCGGGCUACAAGGGCAGCCCUACCGGCGCCAGCACCGCCCUCACCGACCUCAACGCGACUGCGCCCGCGCAACGCUACGACCCUAACUACUACAACUCCUGGCCCACCAACACCUACAACUACAACAACUACCAAUACAACAACAUAAACAACAACCCCGCCUGCAUACAAUCCCACACGCCCUACAUCAACCCCAACCCCCAAAUGAUCCUACCGAACUUGUACUCAACAGUCAACCAGAAUCAAAUACACGUACACCUACACAGUUCAGAUAAACAUUUAGAACAAUACAUUCCGAGUGAGAUUAAAAUCAGCGAUAUAGACGGAGGGAUAUCUAUUACGACCGAGCUACAGCCGGAGACAAGUGGUUUAGUGCAGGGCUGUGAUCAAAGUGAUGACGUCAAACAUAGCAUGUACGCCGCCGCCAACCAGGAGUCAGGCGUGUGGCGACCCUAUUGACAGUACGCUCACCCUCAAAUCGAGACCUACGAAAACAAUCAACAUUCCAUUGUACAUAUUGUGAUAUAAACUACUUACAUAUUAAGCUUAAAGUAUAAAACAAGUUUUAAUUAAAUUAAUGUUAAACAUUAAUUCGUGGUUAAGUGUUAAUAAAUGUAUUGAAAUUAUUAGUGAUAUUAAAUGAUAAAUAAAUUA